AAAAAAAAAAAAAAAAAAAAUACAAAAAACUCUUUACUUUUUACUAAUAUAAUUUACGUUAUUGUAAAUAAAUAUCAUUAAUAAUCCUUCUCAUUAAUACACACUAUAAAUUUUUUAAAAAAAAGCGAAAAAAAAAAAAUUAAAUAUUAUAAAUCAUUACCAGAAUCAAAUAUUAACAACAGACUUACUCUCUUUCCUUAGAUUUACGUUUUUCGUAGCUAAACAAUAUAUUGACAAAAUCUAUAUAAAAUCCCUCUUGAAAUCAAACUUUUUAUAAUCAAUCCUGAAAAUAAAAAUGACCCAACAUACUCCAUCAAAUAACCGAAGUACCAAUACCACAAAUAACAACGUAUCAUACUCACAGAAAAUAAGAGGAACACACACACGUGUUUCUAGAGUUAGAGUAACAACUGUUGGAAAAGCUCCUUUUCCUGAAAAGCAGCAUCGAAGUUGUCCCAGAUGUAAAGAUUCUACCAAUAGCAUGAAAAUUUUGAAUGCUCGCGUAGGAAGAAUAGAGCAAUUGGUUGACGGUUUGGCAAAAACUACUCGUGGUUUAGCAUCAAUGUCGAAGAGAAAUGAUCGAUUCGCACAAAAUGCUUUGAAAUUUAGAGGAAUAGAUCUGACACGUUGUACUCUUCAAGAAUUACAAAAAUUAGUUGUUGCGACAACAAAUGUCAUGGUCCCUUCAAACAACAUCAAUCCUACCAUUAAACCUACAUCAAAUCCCAAUAACAUGAAACUCACAAAUACCAAAGAUACCACAUGUUCCGAAGAUGAUACCGCAGAUACCAUAGAUACAAAGAAAUCUAUCCCUGCCAAAGAUAAAGAUAACACUCUUUCUGAAAUAACUAACAGUGAAAAGAAGAUUUAUCAUUCUGAACCUGUUGAUAUGGAAGAUGUAAAAAUAAUUCCAAGUUAUCAAAACGCUGAAACACCCAAGAUCUCUAGUCCUAUUAAAACUGUGAUGGGUUCUUUGAAAAUAAUUUCACGUCAUGAUUCAGGUUAUGCCGGUUCUUAAAAGAGGCUGAUGGUUUAGAUAACAUGAAAAAUCGCUUCAUUUAUUGAUUGUUUGAUGCCUCUUUUGAUGUAUGUAUUUCUCAAGGAACACUGUUCUUUCACAAACACAAUUUUUCUUAUUAAAUACCUUAAUUUUAUAAUUUUUGUCUGUUUCAUAUUUGUUUUUUCUUUGUACAUUUGUUGUUUUAUUAUUAAAUAAAGACAGAUCCAAAUAAUCAAAAAAAAA